CAAAACACUCUAAUAUCCCAGUUUGUUUAUACUUGUUUUGACAAGCAGCUUCGCUUGAGUUUCUCUUCAAUGGCGGAUGAAGCUUCAGGUUUGGAUCAAGUCCUUCGCAGCGUCGAAUCCAUGAAAGUUGAUGAACAAUCGAAGCAGGACAACGCUGAUACUAAUAGUAGCGACAGCAACUUGCAAAUCACGUGCUUCUCCGACCUCGUCGAUGAUGUCACUCUCCAUUUCCAGAUCAUCCGUUUUCCUAAUCAGAUAUAUGCUUGGAUUGGUUGUAACUCUGCAAAAUUUGGCCGCUUAUAUGCAGCCGCGCCUACUCGGCCUAACAAUACAGUGAGUGUUAGUUCAAUACUUGGAGGAGUUUCUGACAAUACUGGAUCUGGCAUUGCUCGAAGAUUAGUGAUUAAGACCGGUCUCAAUGUGAUUUUGGCUUGCAAUAUACCUAAGAAUAGUCCUAUGCUUGAGGUAAAUGCGGAGAAGAAGUUGGUUGAGAAGCUGAUAAGUUUGGGGUAUACAAGGCCAAAAUCUUCAUAGCAAAGAGGGGCAACACUUUUUUUUUGUUGGUUGAAAGUGCCAUUAUAAUGUAGGCUUCUUUUGAAACCAAGGAAUUAUUAAAGGGGGUUCAAUACCUGUAUACUGAUUUACUGAUAGUAAUUUGUUUUGUUUUCCUCAAUAGUUGAUAUUCAGUGAUUUGGAGGUGUUAUAAUUGAAUCUUCAUUAGCUCUAGCUUUUUCCUCUAUUAGGAGCCCUGUCUUGUGACACAAGAAACGUUACUGUUACGAAGAAAAUUUUAAGUUUCCCUUGUGCAGUUUGUAAAGAAUUGGUCCUAUGAAUUUUAUGUGCAUUGAUCUUACUGCUUUUUCCUGUUUA